AUGGCGCUCUCUUCAUAUAUCUGCUUCAAUUGCAGAAAUCCAUACGGAUUAAAAACAUCUCUGCGCAGAUUCUCCUCCGCCCGACGCAAUCGAGACAUAUUGCGACCCGCGACAGCUCCGAAGCCCACGCCGGACAUCAAACACAUCCGCCAAAAUGCAGACCUCUACGCACAGAAUUGCGUAGAUCGCAACUAUGCUGCUCACGCCGGGCACCCGUCGAAAAUCCAACAAUUAUCAGAGGAGGCCAGACAACUCGAUCAUGGCCUGAAAGCCCCUCGAUCCCGCAUCAAGCAAUUAGAAAAGACCAUCGCCAAACUACACAUCGCGAGUCGGCAAGAUGCAAACACCAGCGCGACGGGCCUCAGCCCAAGCGAAGAACUUGCCGAACUCAAGGCAGAAGCCCAGCAAUUAAAAGACGACUCACAAGCUAUAUCCGAACGCAGAACCAGCUGCACCGAAGAAAUCAACCGCCUAGCCCUCUCCCUCCCAAACCUAUCCUCCCCAUUCACCCCACUCGGCCACAACCCCAGUCUCGUCCAAUACAUCAACUUCAACCCCAACUCGCCACCCUCCUGGACCCGCCAGGACCCAGUCGAACUCCAAGCCCGGUCGCACGUCACAAUCGGCACCGAGCUCAACCUCCUCGACUUCGCCAGCUCCGCCACAACAACAGGAUGGGGCUGGUACUUCCUAAUAAACGAAGGCGCAAUGCUCGAACAAGCCCUCAUCCAGUACGCCCUAAGCGUCGCCAGACGCCGCGGCUGGAAACCCGUCGCCCCACCCUCAAUCGUGUACUCUUACAUCGCCGAAGCCUGCGGCUUCCAGCCGCGCGACCAGCACAACGAGCAGCAAAUCUGGUCCAUCGAGCAAAAUGACCGCGACAAGAACUCCAAGCCCCCGCGCUCCCUAACCGGCACCGCCGAAAUCCCCCUCGCAGCCAUGUACGCCGGCCGCGACAUCAACGCCGCAGAUCUCCCCAUCAAGCUCGUCGGUGCCAGCCGCUGCUACCGCGCCGAGGCCGGUUCCCGCGGCGUCGACACCAAGGGUCUCUACCGCGUGCACGAGUUCACCAAGGUCGAGCUUUUCGGCUGGACGGAUAACCUCGACAGCGUGCAGACCGCCGUCCCGACUUCAGACGAUAUGUUCAACGAGCUGCUCGACAUACAGACAGAGAUCCUCACGGCGCUGCAUCUUCCGUGUCGAGUUCUCGAAAUGCCCAGCGGGGAUCUGGGUGCUAGUGCGACUCGCAAGCGGGACAUCGAGGCUCUGUUCCCGUCCCGGCUGCGCGCUGCAUCUGGGAGUGCUGCGCCCGUUGACCCGGCCAUUCAUCAUCUGGAGUCGGCUUGGGGUGAGGUUACCUCUGCUUCUAUCUGUACUGAUUACCAGAGUCGUCGGUUGGCGGCGCGUGUGCGUGGUGGGCCGGCGAAGGAGUCGCGCUUCCCGCAUACUGUUAAUGGGACUGCGAUGGCUGUGCCGCGGGUGUUGGCGGCGAUUUUGGAGAAUGGUUGGGAUGCUGAGAGGAAGGUUGUUGUUGUUCCGGAGGUUUUGAGGCCUUGGAUGGAUGGUAUGGAGACUAUUGGGCGUAGCUAG